AUGGACAUUAUCUCUAGAACACCCGAUGAAGUAAAAGCCGAAGCCGCUCGGUUCGUCCGCGAAGCCUGGGGUCUGCAAUUCGCGGCCUACAUCGUCGUUAUCCUCCGAUAUUUCAGCAGAAUCCGCCAGCUAGGAUGGCGAAAGUUGGCGUUGGAUGACUUUUUUAUGUUUGCCGCUUUGCUCAUCUACACAGCCGAAACAACGGCCGCCUACUUCCUCGUCACCACCUUCCACGGCCUAGCCAACAACGCCAUGACCGACACCCAACGCGCCCUUCUCUCCCCCCAAAGCGAAGAAUACCGGCUCCGCAUCCUCGGCUCCAAAACGCACGUAGCCGGCCUCCUCCUCUACACCACGCUUCUCUGGCUCCUCAAAGCGUGCUGGUCCGUCUACUACGCCCGCCUGACCGUCGGCGUGCACAACAUGCGCAACUGGAUCAUCGGCGCGUACAUCAUCAUGCCGGCGUCGUACAUGGCGUGCGUGUGCGUGGCCGUGUUCAAGUGCGUGCCGUUUGAGAAGCAGUGGCAGAUAUACCCGGAUCCGGGCAACAAUUGCAUGCCGGCGGUGAGCUUGUUGCAGACGGUGUUUGUGAUGGUGAUGAACACGGUGACGGAUUUUUACCUGCUGGCGAUUCCGUUGCCGAUGGUGUGGAAGAGUAAUCUCACGUGGAGGAAGAAGUUCUUUUUGUUGCUGAUGUUCUCGGGCGGGUUUGUCGAGAUGGCGUUUGGGAUUCUGAGGUGUGUGAGUAUUCUGACACUGGGGAAUACGGAUCCGGCGCAGAGCGGGUAUUGGUCUGUGAGGGAGAGCUUUGUCAGUUUUGUGUUGACGAAUAUGCCCAUGGUUUAUCCGUUGGUCAAGAGGUUUUUGGAGAAGAGCAUCAUCUCGCUGAGCGGAGGGACAUCGGGGAACCACCAGGGUGGUGUAUCGGGACAGCAUGGAUAUCCGCUGGGUAGUAAUCCCGGCAGUCACCUAGGGAAGGGAGAGCCGAGGAGCAGGGUUGUGAUUAGCAAGGGUAGCAGACACCCGUUGACGCUUCCAAACGAUACGAUAUGGGGUAGUGAAGAGAAUAUUGUGAGUUCGGAUGAUGGCAAGGCUGUGGGAGGAAGUAGGAGCUCGACGGCGAGCAGUAGGGAUAUUGCUACGACGGGUGUGAUGCCGCAGGGCAGUGGAGUAGGGCAUAAAACGACGACGUCCGUGGAGAGGAGAUCGGGACUGAUUGAGCCACAGACCUCGGGAGGGAGUGGGAAGAAGGGGAAGCAAAACGGCAUUAUUGUUACGCAUGAGAUUACGGUGACAGGAGAGGAUAGACAGGACGCGUCGACGGCAAGGAGGUGGUAG